AUGAACUGCGGUAACCGAAUGAGACUACGCUAUGACACAAUGGCCACAGGAGCAGUGUACUUCCACAGGUUCUACAUGGUGCAAUCAUUCAAAAACUUCCCACGCUGGGUCACAGGCGCAGCAUGCCUAUUUCUUGCUGGAAAAGUGGAAGAAACCCCCAAGAAAUGCCGAGAUAUCAUCAAGACAGCAAAGAGCAUUUUGUCUGAUAAUCAAUUUGAAGUGUUUGGUGAGGAUCCUAAGGAAGAGGUAAUGAUGUAUGAAAGAGUUCUAUUACAAACAAUCAAGUUUGAUCUCCAAGUUGAGCAUCCGUACCCAAGCCUACUAAAGUUUGGCAAAGCACUCAAAGGUGACCGUGCAAAGAUGAACAAGUUGGUUCAAAUGGCAUGGACUUUCUCAAAUGAUAGCUUGUCCACCACGCUGAGUUUGAGAUAUAAACCAGAAGUAAUAUCAGUAGCCAUGAUAGCAUUGGCUGCAAAAUUUAACAACCAUGACCUACAGGCAUCCUCAGCUGCCCCUGGAAAAACAUGGUUUCACUCCUUCACCAAGGGUCUCACAGAAUCUGUGAUUGAAGACAUUUGUGAUGAAAUGCUGGAACUGUAUGGUGGUGGAAAGAAGAAGGAGAAGACUGAAGCCAGCGAUGAGGGAAGCUCAUCAAAUCAAUCCAGUCCAGUGACAAGUUCCAGCCCUCCAGCCAAGAAAAGGAAACAUACAAGCACAACAUCAGACAUCAAAUCCCAGACAUUGACUUCAGAUACUCCCCCUGUGACAAGUCAGAUAUCUGCUGAACCACUGAAGCCACUUCCGCCUGCACUGACCUCAUCUCAGAUACAAGUGGAAAAUGUCAGCCCUGCACCCUUGCCCACGCAGCAGCAACAAAAGCCUGUCACUGUGGUGACAGACCCACCAAAGGUCACGCAAACUGUGGACACUUCAUUUGUUACCGCUCAAGCAGGAAAACAGACAAGUGACAAGCCUACAGUGGCAUCUGCAAAUGUUUUACAACCUUCCUUGACAUCGUAUUCUGUGGUUACAUCAUCAUACAGUGCUGAUAAGAACUAUGCAAUGAACGUUUAUCAGCCGACAGUCCAACCCACAGGAGUUACAACUCUUACCACAAAUGCUUCAUUUCAACCUUCCUUAGGUAGCACCACAUUAGGUUCUGUUCCUCCUUUCCACUUACCAUCGCAGUUCCAAAAUCAGUCUUAUCUGCCUCCAACUCAGGGAUAUGGCCACUUCACUGGUCUUGGAGGUUUCCCUAAUGCUCCUCCACCUCCCCUACCUCCCAUGCCUACUAGCACUUUAUAUCCUCCCCCACCGAGUGGAGUCAACACACUGCAGAACCCUACAGGGUAUGGGGUGCCGCCUCAUCAAGGCAGACCACCCCACCCACCCAUGUCACUCCCUCCUCCACCCCUUCCUCCACUUCACAGUGGACAGCUGCCACCACUCCCUCAAGUUGGUUCCACAGACUUUCAAUGGCCAAGGCAGUUUGGGGUUCCUCCAGCGCAGACCCAACAGAUGGGAGGCUGGAUGAGAUGAUCGGGUGUAUAUUUAUAUGUACUGUAAGCCAAUGAAAAACAAGUGCCUACCCCUAUGAUCUACUGUGUGGAAGACAAGACAUUCUGCAAAAUCCUUCCUCUGACAACUUGCUACUUUUAAAGGGCCCAGCCACUCCUUUGUUUUUGUUUACAUGCAAGAGUUUGGCUAUUAUAUUUUUUUGAAGCAUGUCAAAACAAAGGAAAUCACUGUGAAGCUACUAAUAAAUAAAGAUAAUAAUUUAAAUUUUACUUACCUUCAGGGACAAAUUACAGAAAAGCAAUAAGAUUUUGCGCCACCAUGCAAUAUCAGGGACUCAAAGAAAUAAAGCUCUUUGCACACACUGCGCAGGGCUAUGAUGUCAUGCAACAACCAUAUUAGUUUCCAUGUUGCCAACAUCUGUGAGACCUGUGAGAUUCCUUUGUCAGUUUUUGGUUCAAAUCCAAAAUCAUUCUCCAAUCUCAGUGCUCAGUUAAUCAAUAAACACUGAGGAUUCAAAAACAGAAAAUGAAGGUCACACAUAAUACAGUUAAUCAUAUACCAGCUUUUAUGCAACAUUCCCUAGCUAUUGUGCUCCUGUUAUACAAGUUCUAACAUUACAAAUUAAACCUUUUCUGUCUACUACUGUUUAGUAAAGCUAGGUAUAAUGUGAAUCAAACCAUUCCUGUCAUCACAGGAAACGAUUGGUAGCAAGUGAGGUUGGAAUCCCAAAUGCCCCGGGGGGAAUCCUAAAUAAAAAGGCCAGAGAUGCUCGUUGUUUUGCUUUGGGUAACAAAUCAAGGAUUGUGGUCUCACUCAGGGUGUUCAUGACAAAAUGCCACUAUUUUUAGCCGUCAAAGUAUCUUUUAGGGUGCACUUGAAGAAAUAAUAAGAAGAAAGCUUACUUAUUUUUGUGUUUAGCCUUCAUUUCUGCCAUUGUCUGAAGUCUUGUCUACUGAACAGUGGCCGGUAAUCAAGCCUAUUCCGUUUUAAGUGGUACCUUUUAGGGGUCAAAUGAAGCACGAGCCACACCCAGAUUGGUCUCCUUUAGAGGUUCAAUUCAAAUUUUCUGACAAGCAUCCCUGACCAUUUCAUAUGGGAGUCCCCUCCUCAGCCCUAAUGUCUCCCUCACAGGGAAAUAGAACAACACCUUCUGGCUCAGUACAAACAUUUCAAAUCUGAAUAGCCAAAGGCGUAUUUCUCACAGUUUGGACAUUAAAAUGUCUCCCCAUUUUUAACAAACGUUUGGUAGCAAAAACUAAGGUAACUAAUAAAAAUAGUUAACAUAA